CUACACUCUCCACCUGGCAAUCUGUCAACACUUUGGGACAAUGAUGAGAAGUUUCAGGAUCUGUACUUCUCCCAAUAUCCGGGCUACUAGAAUAACAACUGAUCAGCAAUAGGUACCCAAUGGCUAUAUUUCCGUUAUGUCACGUGCUGACGACGUCAUCAACGUUGCCGGUCACAGGAUUUCAGGAGGGUCACUCGAAGAGGCCAUCUUGGAACACAACGACCUGGUGGAGUGUGCUGUCCUUGGGGUGCCAGACGAGCUGAAGGGCACUGUGCCAUUGGGCCUGUUGGUGCUGAAGCACGGUGUUGAAGAAUCGGAAGGCUAUUCUGAGGAGAAGGUUGUGAAUGAGGUUAUUCAGGUUGUGAGAGGCCGUAUUGGACCUGUGGCUGCGUUCAAGCUUGCAGUUGUUGUUCCAAAACUCCCAAAGACGCGGUCAGGCAAGAUAGCACGGUCCACAGUAGUGGCUUUGGCAGAGUCGAAACCAUUCAAGAUUCCUGUGACAAUUGAGGAUGCUUCAGUCUACCCUGCCAUCAGAGACGCUCUUCAGAGAAUUGGCUAUGCUCAGGAUGCUGUCAUACCAGAAGUGUAAACCCCUGGAGCACUACGAUAAACGAAACACAAGCAUACAAGUUGCAGAUACAAAAUCGCAGAUGCUGCAGAAAUCUCGUUUUUUUUUAAAACAUAUUUAUCUUCUGAGGGGAAUUAUGCAAACGGUGGUGAAUGCAAAUGUACUCGUAAUCCUUAACUUAACCAGAAAAUCUGCCCUACUCUUUUUUCUAACAACAAAGAAAUCAAUAUAUCAUAAGAAAUUCCUGCUGUCCUAGACUACCUUCACGAGUGCAGUUACCAGAACAGCUGCAUGGUUCAAGGGGAGGUUUUUGUUGUGGUAAUACUUUGAAAACGACUGUAUUUAAUGUCAUUGUAGGAUUGUGCAGUUUAGUGCGCCUUUCAUUGCGUUCAUCUUCAGAAAUUCAUUGUUUGAUGCGUUUACAAUCUAACCUUACCACAUAUAGUACACAUAGCUUUAACUUUUUUCAACAUUUUAGUUUUAGACUAGUUUUUGAAACUGAGCCAGUAUUGCUGAGAGGGUCUAUGGCCCCCAGGGUACUGCCGGAACAUACCCUGGGUACCUUGUACUAUCUAAUAUGC